UCCGAACUCUCAUGGAUAUUUAUGCAUCCAAACUGUCUACCGCUGUGGAUUACGGAGCCGGUGCCUUCCUGCUGCUCAUAGCAAUUUUGUCAGUUGGUGGGAACCUGCUGGUCCUAGUUAUGGCAUACAAGAGGUCUUCCCAUAUGAAGCCUCCAGAGCUUCUGAGUGUGAACCUGGCAGUGACGGACCUCGGGGCUGCCGUCUCCAUGUACCCUCUAGCUGUGGCGUCAUCUUGGAACCAUGCCUGGUUAGGAGGCGAUGCCACCUGUAUCUACUACGGCUUGAUGGGAUUCUUCUUUGGAGUAGCCAGUGUGGCUACCCUGACGGUCAUGGCUAUAGUACGCUUCUCUGUGUCCCUGACUCUACAAUCACCCAAGGAGAAGAUCAGUAAGAGGAGAGUGCAUGUUCUGCUGGCAGGCACAUGGCUGUAUGCACUGUUAUGGGCUCUGUUCCCUUUACUGGGCUGGGGCAAGUACGGCCCUGAGCCAUUCGGCCUGUCCUGCACGUUGGCCUGGGGCGAGAUGAAGGAGCACAGCCCGUCCUUCGUCAUCAGCAUAUUUUCCAUGAACUUGGCCAUUCCAGCCAUCAUCAUUAUCUCCUGCUACUUUGGUAUUGCCCUUCGGCUCUAUGUCUCCUACAAGUCUGUGGGCAACGGCAACCUUGUCCCCAAUGCUGUGAAGAUGCAGCGCCGGCUUAUGAUGAUUGCCGUUCUGAUCAGCGUUGGUUUCCUUGCUUGCUGGACACCCUACGGGAUAGUGAGCUUGUGGUCUGUCUACUCCUCAAGUGCUUCUAUCCCUCCUCAUAUCAGCAUGCUGCCCUGCCUCUUUGCCAAGACCUCCACUGUAUAUAAUCCCCUGAUCUACUACACCUUCAGCAAAAGUUUCAAACAGGAGGUUAAGCAGCUUCUCCAUCUGUGCAGUAGAUCUGAGACCUGCCAAGCCUCUAGGCCAAAUAAUGGCACAGAGAAUUCCAUCUACCUGGUGUGUGAAAGUAAUAAGCUCAAGGAAGACCUGUCUGUGGAGCACUCGUUUGACAAAAGCAGAGAGAUUGAGACACGAUUCAACUCUACAGCCUAUCAGUAGUUUUGGAACGUUCUAAAUGUGGUCAUGGAAUUCAAAUGAAGAAUAGUACCACUGUCUGUGAGGUUCUGCAUCGACCAAGAUUUUUUUUAUUUGUUCAAAGGGAAAAAAAACAUAGAAUGAAAGGAUCUAGAAAGAAAUGGUGGUUCUAAUAACUACAUCUAUUUAUGAGACAGAGCAAGAUAUUUAUUGAGGGGGUAGUUUUUAAUAUAU